UAACCUUUUUUAUUUUAAAAGUUUUCAACGGUCGAAAAUAUUUUGAAUGUUUUGUGUCAGUCUGCCAAAGAAGUUAACAAAGCUCAUUUAUUUAAAAACAAAUAAGAAUACUUUUUUGAAAAAGCAACUUUAAAAUGGAAAUAUUAAAUCCAAAACUACAAGUCUUAACAAAUCAGGAAGUGAUGCAAGCACUCAGACAAAUAAAAGAUCAGAAAAAUUCACAUUCGACAAGAAAUCUCGCUACUAUCACGUAUGAAACUAUUCAAUACUUGGAAAACACACCAUGCAAAGAUCAAACACAGGAAAAUAUAGAAAAUUUCAUAGUAGAAGCUCAAAAGUUUGGUCGAUUAACAAAAUCGGAAGUCCUUACUAUGAUUAAUGAUCCUCCGGCACUUCCACUGCAUAUUCAAUUAAUUGUUGAAGAUUCUGAAGAAAGAUUGACGGAAACGCAGGUAGAUGAACUUAUUGAGCUCUCGAAAAAGUAUCUUCAUCCAAAUUCCACGAAUACCGGUUAAUUAUAGUUUUUCUUUACACAAAUUUAUUCUUUAAACAUCUUCAUAAUCUUCUUCUUAAAAAUUCACUUG